AGUGCUAACUUCGGGGCCAUCUCUUCAUCCCCUCUACGUAAUUUUGAAAAGAUUUAUAUUGUGUGUCUGUGUGGGGGUAUGGGCACCUGAUGUGGGUGCCUGCAGAGCCAGGAGAGAACAUCACAUUCUCUGGAGCUAGAGUUACAUGCUGUUGUGAGCUGUCUGAUGUGGAUGUGGGGAAUUGAACUCAGGUCCUCUAGAAGAGGUGCAAAUGCUCCUAGCCACUAAAGCCAUCAUCUCGUCAGUCCUUGAGGUAAUUUUUUUAAACUUCAGAGAAUUGGAUGUAGGAGGAUGGGCUGUACCUAAUGCCUUGGUGAAAACGUUUGUUUGGGGCACCUAUUGCUUCGUGAACGUGUGUGUGUGUGUGUGUGUGUGUGUGUGUGUGUGUGUGUUGCUGGGAAUCACACCCAGGGCCUUGUUCAAGCGAAGCAGGUGCUCACCACAUUGAAGUCAGCCCUGUGAACUUCUUUCUUUAGUUGGCUGAAUCCACCCACUUGCUCUGCAUACAGGAAGCAUUCCUCCGACUCCUGGCUGUCAGCCAGCUGAGGAGGUGUGGCUCAGAGUAAGAAAGAAGGAAAAUGCUCAAACCAGUCACUCCAGGGAAUUUGGGGUUGGAGAGGAUGUUCCUUAAAGCCAAACCAGUCUCGAAUCGGAACAGGCUUAUAGUGUUGUCACCGUGGGUGUUUAUCUCUUGGGUCGGCCUUUUUCUUGAGGCCUGGGGAGGGAAGGAGGAUGCAUUUCAGGUAUGUGGUAGUAGUGAUUCCCAUUUGCCUUCCCUGCCUAAUAAAGAUCCCCAAUGGGGGGGGGGAACUUGGGAAGAGAUCCCCUAAGACUGCUCCAAAGGGAGUGGGGAGCGCUCUUUGGUUUGGGAAGUACUAUGUAAGAGAAUGACAGGUGGGCCGAGGGCACCUCUGCCUAGCUAGCCAUGCUCUCAGGUAAAGGUGAGGUGGUGCAAGGCGUGGGCCCUCAGGGGUUGGCUGCUCUAGCCUUUGGGGCUGUGGGUAAGGAUGACCAGUAGGUGAGAGAUGAGGAAACCAGAGCAGAAGGUGAAAGUUAGUGGGCGGAGCCCCAGACCUGUCAGGUAAGGCUUAGACUAGAUCGCUUUCUGGAACUCUGAGGGGUUUGGAGACUCGCGGCGUUGGAAAAGACUUCUAGUGUUGUGCAGGAAGGGGGUCUGAGCUCGGUUGCCGGACUUGAUGCCCGGGAGCCCCCAACCGGCUACCCCCAGGCAGGGGCGGGACGCCAUCAUCUCGAUGGCUCCACGGGCGGUGGCCCCACAGCUGAACCAAUCACUGCCCUGCCGAGGGAUAGGGGCGUGGACAAGCAGGGGAAAGUUACAACAGGUUGGCAAGGCAAGGCAGGCGAGGAAGCCCCCGGCACAGCUCCGUGGAAAAGCCAGAUCCCGACUUCGCCGGGGCACUGUGAGGUCCGGUCCACCAGGCACGGGGAUCGAAGACACAAACUGAAGCCUAGCUGACCUGCCAGACCAUGGCAUCCUGGGGACUCUUUGUGGCUGGCGCCUCCUUCGCGUCAUUUCGGGGGCUGCACUGGGGACUGCAGCUGCUGCCCACCCCGGAAUCUACUCAGGACAGCUGGAUGUGGCGGAACAUUUUCGUUUCGCUGAUGCAUAGCCUACUCUCUGGAUCAGGGGCGCUGGUCGGGCUGUGGCUUUAUCCUCAGAUGGUCACCGACCCGAUUCAUGGCCACCCACCGUGGGCAGUGGUCCUGGUAGCGGUAUCAGUGGGUUAUUUCCUGGCGGAUGGAGUUGACAUGCUGUGGAAUCAGACUUUGGCGCAGGCCUGGGACCUUCUCUGUCACCAUGUGGUGGUCGUGAGCUGCCUCAGCAUCGCCGUUCUGUCGGGCCACUACGUGGGCUUCGCCAUGGUAUCUCUGCUUCUGGAGCUGAACUCCAUCUGUUUGCAUCUGCGGAAGCUGCUGCUGCUUUCCCAUAAGGCCUCGUCCUUGGCCUUCAGAGUAACCAGCUGGGCCACCCUGACCACUCUGGCCCUCUUCCGCCUUCUACCUCUAGGGUGGAUGACCCUCUGGUUGUUUCGGCAGCACUACCUGGUGCCUCCUGCUAUGGUCAUCCUUUGUAUAACUGGGCUGGUCACUGUGGGUACCAUGAGCAUCUCACUGGGUAUCCGAAUCCUGAUCAGGGAUGUCUUGCAGUCUCGGCCCAACUCAUUUAUCGUCGUGCACAAGGAGAUUCGGCAGAUCAAGACGCAUGAUGGUGAGCCUGUCACCAGGAACAAUUCCACUCUCAGUCUGAAAGACUAGAGAAGCAGAGGCUUCCUCUUCUGUCAGCCCUGGGGGGCUGGGGCCGGGAAGAGGAGAUGGUAGCCUUCACUGCAUAGUCUACUGUGUAGCAAGGGCUAGACUGUAUUAUCAGCAUCUCAGGACCUUUUCCAGCUAACUCACUUCUCUCCCCUUCCCAAGACCCAAGAAGAAAUGUGAAUGUUAGUGGCUUCGUGGGAACCUAGAUUACCGCUCAGUGAAUUCCUUUGCUCCAGCGUAAGGACAGACAAUGGGACAGGAGGUCCUUCUAGAGUCAGGGAGACCUCAUUUAUGAUCAAAUUCUGGCGGUGAGAUGAGAGCCCAAGAAACAUUAUCUGUUGCCAGGAGGGAUGGGCAUGGCAGUUGCCAGGGACAGACAGAAGCCAGGCCAGUGCAGUUGUUGCUGAUACCUCCCAUCCUCUGGGUCAGACUGCAAGUACUAGGAUUGUACUCAACCGUACUCUGCUGCACACAGCCUUUCUAAUACUUACGUAUCUUCUGACCUUUUUAAAGAAAUGUAAAUUCUUAGAUGAACAUGGUGUCUCUCCUAAGGCAGCACAGAGCAAGGAGCCACAGAAGAGACUGAACCAUCUGGACUGGAUACCCAGUGUGAUCACCCAGUGCAAAGCUUUUGAAGGCUCUGGGUUGUGCUGAGCACUGAGGCAGAGGCCAGCAGGGGAGAAGAGCCAGAGGGGCAGGAUAUCUGACUGACCCUUUUCUGGAGUCCUUUGAAGGCUCUCUCCUCCCUAUCUCCACAGCUAGUCUCCUAUUGCAUGCAGGUCUCCUCCCUUUCUAGUCUGAACGUCCAGGUUACAGGAACUGUGGAGCAGAUUAGGGUUACUGUUGUAUUGAACAGUAAAGUGAUAACCCCUUGGCCGGACGGUGGUGGCGCACACCUUUAAUCCUAACAUGCAGGAGGCAGAGGCAGGCAGAGCUCUGUGAGUUUGAGGCCAGCCUGGUCUACAGAGUGAGCUCCAGGACAGUCA